UGUUGUGAUUCAUUCACGAAUCACGAUCACGAAUAACUUAGUCGUUAAUUUUCCUCCCUAACUUUUUGAAAGCAAGUGGAAAGUCCUCAUUUUUAUCUUGUUUUAAAGUUUUGGAGGAAUCAAAUGGAGUGAAGCUUGUAGCUCAGCACAUGGUGUUGGUGGUGUUUUGAGACUUUGAGGGAUGAUGGAAGUGCCUGAAGACCAGGUUGACUUGAUUGACUUGGUGUUCUCUUGGUCUCUGGAAGACAUACUCAAUCAUGAUCUCUUACGGGACGAGGUGAAAGAGAUCCCAGAGACUUUCGAAUCGGUUAAACAUUAUGCUGAAUCAUUCAUUUUUCCUUUAAUGGAAGAGGUUCGAUUUGAUUUAUGCUCAGCAUUGGAGAGAAUUGAUAGAGCACCUCAUUCUAACAUCCUUUCUUUUAAAGAAACUAGUUCAAAUGGGCAAAAGCCGCAGAACAUCUAUGAAAUUUAUAUUCAUGGUUGGAACAAUGCUUCAGCCAGUGGCAGCAAAGAAGAUUACAAGCUAUUGCCAGGAGAUAUUCUAAUUAUCUCUAAUAUCAGACCUGAAUUUGUUGAUGACCUUAACCGUUUUGGAGUUCACUACAUUUUUGUUUCUGUUAAAGGAAUUGAAGAUGAUGUUGAAUCUGCAAAACGGUUUAAGGUCCGAGCACCAAAGGCAAUUGAGUUUGAUGAUGGAGCUCUCUAUGCUGUUGUCUUGUCGAAUAUGUUGCCCAACAGCCGAAUUUGGAAGUCUCUGAAGUCUCUUGGUUCUGCUUACUCCAUGUCAGGCAAUUUGGAUGUUGUGAAACAUGUUUUGUCUGCUGAUGCUGUGAGUAGAGAAGGUUGCAAUCUCUGUAUUUCUGAACAUGCACCUGAAGCUUUCUGUAAUGCGAGCUCUAAGCUAAAUGAUUCACAAUUAGAUGCUAUCGUUAGCUCUAUUAAGGAGAUGCAGUGUUCCCACAAGCAUUCGGUGAAGCUCAUUUGGGGGCCUCCUGGAACUGGGAAAACUAAAACUAUCACUGAAUUGCUUUGGAUACUCCUCAAAAUGAAACGCAGGGUAGUUACCUGUUCACCUACAAACACCUCAAUUGUGGAAGUAGCUUCACGUUUCUUGAAGUUAGUUAAGAAUAGGAGACAAGCAGGCAGAUUGGGAGACAUUGUUCUGUUUGGUAAUAAUGACCGACUAAAGAUAGACGAUGAUCUUCGUGAAAUAUUUGUUGAUUAUCGUGUGGACCAGCUUGCCAAGUGCUUUGCUCCCCUCUCUGGAUGGCACAAUUGUAUUUCAUCUAUGAUUGAAUUUCUUCAGAAAUGUGUUAUUUUAUAUGAAACAUAUAUAGAGAAUGAAAAGAGAAAGGAGAAGGUAGAUGACAUGGUCAUCAUACCAUUGGUUGAGUUUAUGAGGAAAAGAUUUGAUAUCCUUGCUUCAGACCUUGAGACUUGCAUUGAGAAUUUAUCUAUUCAUAUGCCACCAGCUAUAGUAUCAACAAGAACUACUGAAACAAUGAUGGAGCUGCUUGAUAUGCUCAACUGUUUCAGAAUGCUUGUGUUUGAAAGCUCUCUUGCUGAGAAUGAAAUCAGGGAAGUCUUUACUGAAUUGGAAGAAGUAGAGAUAACUACUGACUUGUCCAAGAAUAAUCCUGGCACUGUGUUAAUGGAGGGAAAUAUGCUGUUUCAAUUGCGCAAUACUAGAGGCCAUUGCUUACGUUUGCUUGAUUAUCUUAAAGUAACUGUCAAUGUUCAGAAAAUUUGGCAAAGAACACUGAUAAGGGAUAUCUGUUUGGAAAAUGCAGCCAUUGUUUUCUGCACAUCCUCUUCUUCCUUUUUGUUACAUUUCCUUAAAACGCCACCUUUGGAUUUGUUGGUUAUUGAUGAAGCCUCCCAACUGAAGGAGUGUGAAGCCACAAUUCCAUUGCGCCUCCUUGGUGUCAAGCAUGCUGUUCUCAUUGGUGAUGAACGGCAACUGCCUGCAACAGUUAAAAGCGAGGUUGCUGAAAGAGCAGGUUUUGGAAGAAGCUUGUUUGAGAGAUUGAGCUCAUUGGGCCACCCGAAGCAUCUUUUAGAAAUUCAAUAUCGGAUGCAUCCUUCCAUUAGUUCAUUCCCUAAUCAUCAAUUUUAUUUUGGCAAAAUUCUUGAUGGUCCAAAUGUGAAAACCACGGCUUAUGAAAGACGGUUUCUUUCCGAGGAAAUGUUCGGUCCUUAUUCCUUUAUAAAUAUUUCGGAUGGAAAGGAAGAAGAAGAUGAUUCAGGCAGUAAAAGAAAUUUGGUUGAAGUUGGCGUUAUUGUGCAAAUUGUCCAAAUCCUUCUGAAAGUUCAGAACUCAUCAAAAGAUAAGUUUAGCAUUGGAAUAGUAUCUCCUUAUGCUUACCAGGUUGCUGAGAUCACCAAAGGAAUUGGAAGUGUCAAUGUGCCAAAGGAUAAUAUUGUUCUAAAGGUGAAUUCUGUUGAUGGAUUUCAAGGGGGAGAGGAAGAUGUCAUUAUACUUUCUACUGUCAGAUCAAACACCACUGGAAAAAUCGGAUUCCUUUCAAAUCAUCAAAGAGCAAACGUUGCUUUGACAAGAGCAAGGCACUGCUUAUGGAUUGUUGGCAAUGCUGCUACUUUAGAAAAAAGUGAUUCAGUGUGGACUGCAUUAAUUCGCAAUGCAAAGAAGAGAGGAUGUUAUUUCGAUGCUGUUCAGAACCAGAAUUUAUCCAGAGCAAUCUUGAAGAUUCAAAAAGAGCAAGAUCAAAUCGAUGCUCUGCUUGCUGCAGACCCAGGAAUGCUGAUUCAAAGUGCUAAAUGGAAGGUACUUUUUAGUGAUGAAUUUAGAAAAGCAUUUUCAAAGUUGAAGACGACCCAGAUCAAGAUGGAAAUGAUUCAUGUGCUGCUAAGGAUUGCAAAUGGCUGGCGUCCAAAGAAAGAGCAUCUGGAUGUAACUGAUUCAUUUAAGCUUUCAAGAGUAUAUCAGUUCAAAGAUUUGUAUCUUGUAUGGAGUGUAGAUAUUGCAAAACGAGAAAAAUAUAUCCAGAUUCUGAAAGUCUGGAACCUUUUGCCAAAGUUCGAGAUCCCAAAGUUUAUCAAACGUCUUGAUAAUAUAUUCUCAACAUAUACUGAUGAGUUUAUAGAACAUUGCAGAGCUAAACAAGUUGAGGGGAAGCUUGAAGUUCCCAGGAGCUGGAAUGUAGUUCAGUAUAUGACUCGUUAUAAGAAACUUUGCAAAGUUGAAUCUCUUGAAGGUUCAUCUAGUGAAGAACCGGAUACUGGAAACUUUUUAGAGAACUCUAAGGUAAAUGAAAGUCUUCUUCUGAUGAAGUUUUACUCAUUAUCUGCUGGGGUGGUGGAACACUUGCUGACUAGUGAUGAUGGGACUGAAAUUGAAAUUCCAUUUGAAUUGAAUGAAGAAGAAGAAGAAAUUAUUCGUUUUUGUUAUAGCAGCUUUAUAUUGGGGAGGUCCGGUACAGGAAAAACUACCAUUUUAACUAUGAAGCUCUUUCAGAAAGAACAGCAGCAGCAUGUAUCCUCCAAUGGACUUUUCUCCAUUAAUAAUAAUGCCUCUAGCAUAGCUUCAAAUGAUCUUGAAGAGAACUCUGGGAAUUUCUUAAGGCAGAUUUUUGUCACAGUCAGCCCAAAACUUUGUUCAGCUGUCAGAAACCAGAUAUUUCGUCUCAAAAGAUAUGCCACUGGUGGGGAUUUUUCCAGUCCAAUUGACACUACUGAUAUGCAUGAUAUUGGUGAGAACAUAACGGAGUUUUUGGACAUUCCUGACAGUUUUCAUGAUCUCCCACAAAAACAUUACCCGUUGAUUGUGACAUUUCGGAAGUUACUAAUGAUGCUUGAUGGAACUGUUAUGAACACGUAUUUUGAUAGGUUGUUUGCCACCAAAGAAUUUCCGUCAGUUGAUGGGGGUGUUCAUAAAUCUCUUGCUGUUGAAGCUGUGAUUCAAAGCAAGGAAGUUAAUUUUGAACACUUUUUGGGUUCAUAUUGGCCACACUUCAGCAAUCAGUUAACCAAGAAACUUGACCCAUCAACUGUUUUUGCAGAAAUAUUUUCUCACAUAAAAGGUGGGUUUGAGGGAGGAUGUUCUCUUGAUGCUAAACUCGAGAGGGAAGAUUACAUCAUACUUUCUGAGAAGAGAGCAUCUACUUUAAAUGCAGAACAAAGAGGGAGAAUAUAUGACAUAUUUCUUGACUAUGAGACGAAGAAACAAAUGAAUGGUGAAUUUGAUUUGUCAGAUUUAGUGAUGGAUCUUCAUCACCGAAUUCAAACAUAUGGAUACCAUGGUGAUAAGAUAGAUUUUAUUUAUGUUGAUGAAGUUCAGGAUCUUACAAUGAGACAAAUAGCAUUAUUUAAAUGCAUCUCUAGUAAUUAUGCAGAGGGUUUUGUGUUUGCUGGUGAUACUGCACAGACAAUUGCAAAGGGAAUAAACUUCAGAUUUGAAGAUAUUAGAUCACUUUUUUACAAGGAGUUCCGGCAUGAACCCAUAAAUGAUUAUCAGAAAAACACCAAGGGCAGAGUAAAUCGCAUCUCUGACAAGUUCCAACUGAAUCAGAAUUUCAGGACUCAUGACGGUGUUUUAAAAUUGGCACAGAGUGUUAUUGACCUGCUUUAUAAGUACUUUCCAUUGUCCAUUGACAAAUUGUCUCCAGAAACUAGUUUGGUCUAUGGUGAAGCACCAAUGGUACUUCAUUCGGGCAGUGAUGAGAACGCAAUAAUGACUAUUUUUGGAGAUGGUGGGAAGAUUGGCCAUGGCGUAAAUGGUUUUGGUGCAGAACAAACAAUCCUUGUUCGUGAUGAAGGUGCUAAGCAGCAAAUUCUCAAGCAUGUUGGGAAACAAGCUCUUGUUCUGACAAUUGUAGAAUGCAAAGGUCUAGAAUUUCAGGAUGUGUUGUUGUAUAAUUUCUUUGGAACUUCGCCGCUUAAAAACCAAUGGAGAGUUAUUUAUGGAUAUAUGAAAGAACAUUGCAGAACAAAGUCCACUGAGCUGAUAUCAUUUCCCUCAUUUGAUGAUGCUAAGCAUAAUAUCUUAUGUUCAGAGUUGAAGCAACUGUAUGUUGCUAUCACUCGAACUAGGCAGAGACUUUGGAUUUGUGAGAGCACUGAAGAGUAUUGUCAGCCAGUUUUUGAUUAUUGGAAGAGUUUGUGCCUUGUCCAAGAAAGACGCUUGGACUGCUCUUUUGCAGAAGCCAUGCGCAGUACUAGCAGCCCUGAAGAAUGGAAGGCACGUGGCAUUAAGCUGUUUAACGAAAAGAACUUUGAAAUGGCUACAAUGUGUUUUGAACGAGCUGGAGACGAGUACAGAGAAAAAUGGGCGAAAGCAGCUGGUCUUUGCGCUACUGCAGAUCGUGUUAUUUCUGUAAAUUUUGAAAUGGGUCAGAUGGCACUGAAAAGUGCUUCUGAAAUCUAUGAAGCCAUUGGUAAAGCUGAGUUGUCUGCUUCCUGCUUCAUAAAAUUAAAUGACUUCAAAACAGCAGGUACGAUAUACUUGGAAAAAUGUGGGACAUCAAAGCUUGAAUCUGCAGGCGACUGCUUUGUGAAGGCUGAAUGUUGGUUGCUUGCUGCGGAGACAUAUGCAAAAGCCAAUUGUUUGUCCAAAUGCCUAUCCUCUUGUACCUCUGGAGGACAUUUUGAUUUUGGCCUGACCAUUUUAGAGGAAUGGUGGUCAAGUUCGCGCUUUGAUGAUCGAAGUCAUCAAGAAAUAGAUAAAAUUAGAAUUGCAUAUCUGGAGCACUGUGCGCGACAUUAUUAUGAGGCUGGCAAUAUAAAUCGUAUGAUGACUUUUGUCAGGGCUUUCCAUUCGAUGGAUCAGAUUAGGCCCUUUCUCAACUCUUUGAAUCUUCUUGAUGAGUUGUUUACCUUGGAGGUCGAAUCAAAGAACUAUUUGGAGGCUGCUGGCAUUGCAAGAGAUAAGGGUGACUUUAUACUUGAGGCUGAAAUGCUGGAAAAAGUUGGUGAUUUGGAGAAGUCCUGCAAGAUGAUAAUCUCUUUUGCAAUUGUGAAAUCUCUAUGGUCAUCAGGAAUGAAGGGUUGGCCUUUUAAGGAUUUUUCUGAAAGGGAUGAGCUUUUGAUAAAAGCCAAGUCAUUAGCAAAGAAAGUCUCGUGCUCCUUCUAUGAUCUUACCUGUUUAGAAGUUGAAAUACUCUCAAAAAGAGCAGCCAGUCUACAAGAAUUGUCAGAAUUUUUACAAGCCUCUAGUAAAUUACAAAAUGUUCGGUUGGAGAUUUUUAGCAUUCGAAUGAUUCUUGAUUUGCAUCUUCAGUUGGACACAUCUAAAUUUCUUCCGGAAUCAAAAAUGAUCUUUAGCGAGGAACAUAUUGACAACAUGAUGUCUCAAAAUAACAUGUGUGCUCAUACAUUGCUGCAUUACUGGAAUUUGUGGAAGGAGAAGAUGUCCAAUGUGCUUUCUUAUGUCCUUUCACUUGAUAAACCUGAAGAAAAUGAGCUGUCGGUCUAUGAAGAUUACUGUUUGACUUACUUGGGAGUUUGGAAGGAGAAAGUUGAUAAAUAUGUGAUGAUGGAUUCUAAGACAAGUUGGAUUACAAACAAAAAAGUCCCUGUUUUAAGGAACAAAUACUUGGCUUGGAUGAGCGCAAAGCGGUUCCGGGCUUCUGCUGAAGAUAUCCUGAGUGAGGAACUUCUCUUUGUGGGUUUGGAAGUAUUAGAUAAACUGAAGGCACUGCAUGUAUUUUCUUUGAAGAAACAGCUUCCCAUGUUCAACCGAUGGAUGGUUUGCUUAUCUUUGUAUGAAACUGCUAAACAUCUCAAACAAGUGGAAUUUCUUCUUGAGCAACGGCGAAUAGAAAAAACAGGACAAUCUAUUUCAUUUUGUAAAGAAGCCUUGUUUGGUGAUAUUUUCCCCUAUGAAUGUCGAAAUGAUGUGUCAGAGUGUGUCAUUGAUCUACAUGAGAAUGCAACUACUAGGGAGAUUAUUGAGCUAAUGGUUGAUGAUAAUCUCAAGCCUCAGAAUGGCAGAUUAACGCAUGGGCAAAUCGGAAGGGUUGCAAUGUUGAUCUUAGUAAUCGGAAGAGUACCUGAUGAACUUUUUAAAAAGAUUGAUGACAAUUUAUCUUCCAUGCAACCAUGGAAAGAAUUCUUCUUAGUGGCACAGAAAUAUUUCAGUGAUUCUUGCUCUGGAAAGAUCAAUUUUGUUUUUGAAUUUCAGAACGCUCUAAGGAGCACAUUUGAGGUAGAAUGGAAGAAGGAACCUGACUACAUAUCCCCCAAGUGUUUUAUUUACCUCUUGGAAAACCUUCUACUUAUGUGUUCAUGUUGCAACGGAAGCAAUAGUACAUUUUUCACUACAAAGUCAUUACUUUGUGAAUUUAUUUCAUGGCAAAGCUUUGGAGGGCUUCUUGCUGCAUGUUCAACUGUUCAAGAUGCCUUGUUUAAUAACUACGGGACACUGGGAUUCAUUGCAGAUGUGACUAAAGGAUUAUUAGAGCAGAAGACAACCUUGAAACAGUGGAUGACCAUGUCUUCUAUUCCUUUAAUGCAUAUCAAAUCACUUGUUCUGAGAUUGGUCAACAUACUCAUUCUAGUGUAUCUAAAUGCUGGAUGGGAUAUGAGUCAGCUUGCUAAUGUGCUUCGGAAGUGUAAUAUCAUUUCAGAACUACCUGGUGCAUUUCAGCAGAAGCUUCAGAGUACAGGAUCUGCUCAUAGGCAUGACAGAUAUUAUUUUCGGCAAGCUUUUCUUGAUGCAAUGGAGAUGGCAGGAAACCCGCUUGUGGUUAUGUGCUCUGAAAAUAGUUGUCAAGAAUUCUCUCGUUGGAAAGCUAUUAUCAUUGAAUCAGAGAAAAUCAGCAGCAGGGAGGAUGUUCUUGCUGCAUUGUUUCCUAUCGUCGAGGAAACUAGUCCUAUUCAAGAUGGAGAAAGGCCUUCAGAUGAAUUAUGUCUUGUUUCUAAUGACAUUGGAGAAGAUGGAAACUCGAGUUUGACAUGUCCCUUGGAUGAAGCUCAAAUUGCAAAAGAUGAACAUGCAAUCGAGGAUUCUUGGGAAAAAUACAAUAGCUUUUGGGAUAUGCUAGAACUGCACAAAUGUGGUACCAUUGGUGGUAGCCAUGGCAGUAAUGCCGGUGAACUUAAGUUUGAUGAGGUUUUUCGAGUUCUGGAAUAUGUAAAAGGAUCAAUGAGUUUGCACUUGUCCGAAGGGCUUUCAGAUGCUUAUGACAUUCUUGAGGUUAUGGUUCACAACUUAAAGCUGCUAAAUAAGGCUUUGAAUCAUCCCAGUGAAAAGGAUAUGGAUGCUAAGAACAUGACUGAGGAACUCGAAGACAUCUACGCCAAGUUGCAGGACACUAAGCUGAAGUUACAACCACUUAUGAAAACAUUCUUCUCGGUUAGUAAGAUCAACCACUCUGCUGAACAGGCUGCAGUAGUAGCAGUACAAGAAGUCAAAGCAGUUGUUACUGAAAACCAGAAAGGCAAGGGAAAACAAAGCAAGAAGCCAAGGAAGAAGAAAAGGGCCAACAAAAAUUAGUGUGAUUUUGAUGUCAAAACCUUCAAAGCUAUCUUUCAUGAUCAUAUCUAUGAUGAUGAAGGUUAAAUAGGGUCAGUGUUGUGAUUAUAUUGUUCAAAUGAAAUACAUAGCGAUGAUGUAGUUUUGUCAUUUUGCACCUGAUUAAAGUGUAAGGCAAUGGACGGAUGAUUAUGUAAAUGCUUAUCAUGAAUGAAUAUCAUAGUUUUGCAGGGUGUUUUUUGGAAA